AUGAAGACCUCACUUCGGGCCAACGUCGGGAUUCUCUCACUCCUCUGCAUUCCAGCAGUCCUCGCCGACAACAACACACCUCAAACCGUCGACGUCGCAAUAGUAGGCGGCGGCCUCUCCGGUCUCGCCGCCGCCAAAGUCCUCCUCGAUGCCGGCAAAACUUUCACAAUCCUCGAAGCCCGCGACCGUGUCGGCGGCAGAGUCCAAAACCAAGACCUCAAAAACGGCGGCGUCACCGAACUCGGCGCCGCAUUCGUCGGCCCAACCCAAGACCGCGUGCUCGCCCUCGCCGCCUCCCUGAAUCUUACUCUCAUCCCCGAAUAUAAUGCCGGCGACGUCGUCGCAGUCUUCGCCAACUCCACUUUGAAAUACUCCACCGCGAGCCCGAUCCCGCCGAUCGACGACGAAUCGUCCAAACUGCUGCUGCAAACUAUCGCAUUUCUUGAGACGACUGCUGGGACGAUUAAUACCACCGCGCCGUGGACGCAUCCUAAUGCGACGGUCUGGGAUAGUCAGACGGUUGCCACUUUUUUCGAUGGGCAGAGUCAUCCUGUUGGUACCGUGCGCCGUUCGCUGUUGGAUGUGUCGAUUACGAGUAUUUUCUCUGCUGAAUCGGCUGAACUUUCUCUCUUCUACGCUCUUUCCUACAUUGCGUCCGCAGGAAACGCUACCACACCGGGCUCCUUCAUCCGCCUCAUCUCCGUCGACAAUGGAGCGCAACAAGCCCGCAUCACAGGCGGCACUGCCCUUCUCGCUACCGGCCUGGCCAGUCAAGUCGGCUUAUCCAACAUCCAACUCAACUCCCCCGUCCGCUCCAUCGCCCAGCAACCAGACGGCACCUACCUCCUCACCACCACCUCCGGCUGCACCACUUCCGCCCGCAAAGUCAUAGUAGCCAUGUCCCCCCCUCUCGCCUCCCGCAUCGAAUACACCCCUCCCCUCCCGGCUUCCCGCGACCAACUCACUCAACGCAUGUUCAUGGGUUCCCUCGCCAAAGCCACCGCCAUCUACUCCACUCCUUUCUGGCGGGCUUCCAAUAUUUCCGGCCAAGCCCUCUCUGACUUUGGAACUGUGCGAGCGACGUACGACGUCAGUCCGGCGGAUGGGUCGUAUGGCGCGAUCUUAGGAUUCGUCGAAGCAGAUCGUGCUCGGGCUAUUGACGACUUGACCGAUGAGGAAAUUACUAAAUUAGUUGUUGAAGACUAUGUGAGGUACUUUGGAGAGCAGGCUAGAGAGGUGAAGGAGUGGGUUGUGAAGAGGUGGGAUAAUGAGGUGUUCUCGAGGGGCGGACCGGUUGCGUUGGCUGGGGUGGGGACGUUGAGCAGGUAUGGUCCUGCGUUGAGGGAGAGUGUGGGAGGGGUGUUUUGGGCGGGGACGGAGGCGAGUGAGUUUUGGGUGGGGUAUAUGGAUGGGGCGUUGAGGAGUGGGGAGAGGGCGGCGGGGGAGGUUUUGGGGGCGUUGUGA